AUGAAUUAUUAGAUUAAGGGAAACAUUAACUAUCACCUUGAUAUUAUUGCUUCUCAAUUAAAUGAAAGUUCCAAUAUCACUAUCAAUGCAUUUACAUCCAAAAACACAAAAAUACCUAUUGGGUGCAAAUUUCAAUGGUUCAAAAUAUGUGACACCGAACGCAUUAGAAUUGAAAGUUAGGGGAAUAUUUAUCAAUGCAGCAUAUUCGAUAUUGGUUAUAGAAUAGAAGCUAAUGUGCAAUCAUUUGAAUCUGGAUAAGAAGGGUAAGCAAUUGUGGAAUUUCAAAAAAUUCAAAUUUCCUCUCAAUUGGAAAUCAAGCUUUCCCAAUUAUAUCAUAAUAACAUGAAAUAAUAAAUCAUAGCCAACGAUUAAAAUUGGAUAUUCUCUCUUGAUUGUUUAGAAAAUAGUACAUAGCAAUAAAAAAUCAUGUAUUCUGAUUAAUAGUUGCUUCCAAGUUAGAACCAACUUUAAGCACAUUUUAUGAAUCAGACUUUGAAAUUCAAAAGCAAAGAGGAUAAAGAUUCAUUUUGUGCUUUUUUUGUUUGUAUGUAAGCUUUAAGAAGAGUUCAUAUCAAAUUCAUAGCGUAUAAUAUUGGCAAAAUGAAUCAGAAGCAAGUCAACUUUUAAUAACUAUUGAAUUCUCAAUUGUAAUAAUUGAUCAAUGAAAAAACUUAAUAUGGCCCUAAGAAACUUGAGAUCCAAUAGACCAAUCUCUAAUUGCCAUCUAGUUCAGAUCAGAGAACAACCAUUUAAAUAAAUCAAUUAAGGUAAGAAAUUACGUAGUUAUAAAAUGAGAAACAGAAGCAAUAGUAAUCGAUUGAUAAAUUAAGUAGAGAGAACAAAGAAUUAGAAUCAAAUUAAAGAUAACAGACAUCUUCUAAAGAUCAAAUAGAAAGUUUGGAUAGACUAAUACAAUCUCUGAAGAAUGAAGUAUUCUCCUUGAAGUAGAGAGAAACUGAUUUAAUGAAUUAAAAUGCAAGAUUGACCAUAGUGUUGAAUGAGAAGAAUGAAAGAUUUGAAAACUCAUUAUCAUAGUCAUAAAUCUUAGACAAUUAUCAGAUUAAACAAUAUUAGGAAUUGCUAACUGAAUCAAACCAAGACAAAUUAAAAUUACAGGAUGAAUUAAGCAAAGUCUAAAAAUAAACUCAUUAGUAAAAAUCAAAUUUAAAUAUUGAAUUUGAGAGAGAAAAACUCAUCUCAACAAAUCAAAAACUGAUGCAAGAGAUUUAAAGUUAAACUAAAACCAUAAAUGAAUUAUAAAUUGAAAUUGAAAUGCUCAAGAAUAUGAGUCGUAUCUCUAUGAAUAUGUCAUAAAUAUAAGAUCCUAUAGUAUAAACUAAACUUGAUUAAAUCGAAUAAGAAAAUGUUUAUCUCCAAAAAAAAAUUGAGAUUCUAGAGGAUGAAUUACAAAAAAAGAAGACACAAAAACCUUAAAAACAGCAAUUGGAUAAAGAUUUAUAAAUAUAACAAUUAUGUGAUGCAAAUAAAAGAUAUUUAAAUGAAAAUAUCAAAUUGUAUGAAGAAAUUAGAUCAAUCAGGGAGAGAUUAGACAUUUCACAAAUUAUGAAUUCAUCUAUUAAAAAUUCAAAUGUGCAUGAGAACAUUCUAAGUAAUCAAUUAGAAUAAUAAAUUGAAUAAAUGUCAUCCAUGCAUAAUCUAGAAAUGCAAUAACUUAAAAAAAAACUUGAAAAAGCUACAACUGAUUUACAGGAUGCAUUCGUAUCCAAAAAACAAUAGGAAUAAUUGGAAAAGUAAAAUAAGAGAUUAGCUGAAGAAAAUCUUUAUUUGUAAGAGUAAAUUAAGAAUCUGGCAGAUCUUAAUACUUCAAAAUCAUUCUCUGUUAAUAUGACAAAUAUCAUUUGCAGUGAUCAAUAUAAAUAACUUGAAGAGUAAUUGAAUAUUUAGAAGAGAAGAUUCUAGGAAGUUUAAUCAAGAUUAGAUUUCUAGUUACAAAGAGAUGCUCAAUAAUAAGAAAAAAUUAAGCAAUUUGAGGUAGAACUACUAAAAUACUAAAGCCAAGUCUAAAAAGUAGAUAAGUUAGAGAAUAAAUUAUUGCCAGAUGACUUAUACAAGGAAAACAAAUAAAUUGAUUAAGAAUUGACUAUUUUGAUCUAAGAAAAAGAAUACCAUACUUCAAAGAUCAAACAAUAAGAUAAUUAGAUUUUUGAAUUAAAAUAAAAGGUUAUGUAGUUAUAAGAAGAGAAUCGAACACUCAGGCUAUUUCCAUAAAGUGCUGAAACUCAAAUGAAAUAGUAAAUAGCAUAGUUGCAGCUAUAGAAUCAAAAUUUAACUGAAUAGAUGUUGAAAUUGUAAAAUCAAUAAAAUAUCUUUAAAGAUCUAAGCCAAAGUCAUAUCUCAAUGAAUGAAAGCAUUUUUGAGUCCAAGAUAUAUGAGGGCAAGGAGUAUAAACUUUUAGAGAAUCAAAAAGAAUUACUUCAUCUUGAAAAUCAAUAAUUAAAAAAAUAAAUUAAUAAAGAUUAAUUAGUUUAAUAAGAAAACUAAGAGCUAAAGCAUUUACUUGAAAAAGCUAGAGCUCAGUUUAAUGAUAAAAUUUAAUCUCUUUAAUAAGAACUAUAGAGCAAAAUAGCAAAUAAUGAGAAGCUAUCUCUCGAAAUUGAUAGAUUAAAUAAUAUGAAGUCAGGUCAGGAUUAUGUGUAAUCUACUUAUGAAGAUUCAUUAGUCAAAAGUUUAAAACUACAAAUUCUUGCUCUUUAAUAAGAAAAUAGCAAAUUAAUGCAAGAUGUUGCAAAUUAUAGAUCAACUAUUCAAGAUAAAUCUAUGAUUGAUCAAAUCAAUUAGAGCUAUUCUAAAAGAUAAAACCAAGAUUCAGAUGACUCGUAGUAACUCAUCAAUUAAUUAAGAAUUUAAUUGGCUGAGAAGACUCAUCAAUUGAAGAUAGUUUCAACAAAUUAUUAAUAAAGCAAUGAAGAUCUUUAAUUGAUAAUUAAUAAACUAGGAUAAGAGAAUUAAAAUAUUAGCGAAGUUCAUAAUUCGAUCAAGACUAGAUUGGAGACAUAAAUCUCUAAAUUAAUCGAACAAUUAAAAGAUAAAGAUUAAUAAAUCACUCAAAUGUCGGUAGGGGUGAGUCCAUAUGGAAGUUAAAGUAGAAUCACGCAAUAAGAAGAUGAACUCUAGAAGAAGACUAAUUAAAUUGAAUAAUUAAUUUAAUAAAAUAAAGCAUAGGCUUUAUAAAUAAAUACUUUAUAUUUCGAACUCUAAGAAUUGAAAUUGACCACUUCAUCUAGAUUUGUAAGCAAAGAAGGUAAUAGAGAGACAGAAUAAUAAAUAGGAAAUCAAAAAUUAGAAUAGGAGAAGUAACAAUAAAAAAUAGUCAUUAAUGAUCUUUUGAGUGAAAAUUCAAAAUUUUAAGGUACUAUCUAAAAGUUGCACAAGGAACUUAAUGAAUCAUAGGUAAAACUAUAGUAAAAGAUUGAAGAUUGUUAAAAGAUAUUAAAGGCUUAAUAGUCAACCUAGAUAGAAAUUGAAACCUUAAGAAAGGAAAAUCAAUCUUUGUCCUUGAAGGUUCAGGAAUAAAAGGUGUAAUCUAAUUAAGAGAUUGAUGAAUUAAAACUUAAAUUACACUAAUUAAGUUCAUAUAGUGUAAUUGAUGAAAAACAAGAGUAAAUAAAAUCCAAUUCGAUAUUGAACUAAACUAUUUAAUAGUUGUAAUAAAAGAAUAUUGAAAUUGAAAUGAGAUGUAAAUAAUUAUUAUUAGAAUCUCAGGAUCUCACAGCUUGCAUUUAAGAAAAGGAUUUUUAACUUAAGUAGUAAGCACAACAAAAUAAUUGUUUAAGUAAAGAAUUAGAUAAUGAACAGGAGAAGAGUUAAAAUUUUAAGAAAAAGAUUUAGGAGUUAUAAUAAUUAAUUAGAAACAACGAGAGUGAAAAUUAAGAAUUAUAAUUAAAAAUUAAAGAUCUUGAAAAUGCAUUACUUAUUAAGGAUAAGACUAUAUUCAAUUAAAAUACUUAAUUAGUUGAAUUUGAAAAACUGAUGUCUUUUGAUAAAAGUUCUGAUUCUUACUUGAUAACUAAAAGUUUUCAUGCUUAAUUCAAUAAUUCAUAAGAUUAUACUGAAAAGAUAUACUCAGACAAUUAAAAAACUGUAUUAAAUGGUUAGAAACAUUAGAAUCACAAUGAUUUUUAAACAAAAAAUAAAAUGGACACCAUAGAAUCAAAGUAGCAAAUAGAAUUGUAGAAUUAAAAGAUAUCUACAGAAUUAUAAAUCUAAACAACAAGAGUGAAUGCUUUACAAUAAGAAUUAUAAGCAUUCAAAGGGUAAAAUUAGAAAUUAAAUGAAUAAAUAGUGUAAUAAGAAGAAUUUAUACGCUUGUUAAAGUAGAAUCAAUAACCACAAUUGAAUACUAGUAAUUAUAAUGGUAGAAUGGGACAGGGACAAAGUUAAAAUGAAAUAAUUGAUUUGUUGAAGGUUGAAAAUAAGUAGUUGAAGGAAUAUAAUUAAAAAUUAGAAAAAGAAGUAUAGGAAUUUGAAAAUUAGAAAAUAAUAUCUUAACAAAAGAUGACCAUUUCUGAAUUUCAGUUAAUGUAAUUCGAAUAAGAAUAACUUAAAAUGCAAAACUCUAAACUUUUAGAAAUAGUUAAAUAAUAAUAGUAAUAAAUUGAUAGAUUAUCUAAGAGCAAUCUCGCUUUAAUGGAAGAGAACAAUAGAUUGAAUGACUAGCUUAAAGAUGUCCAAAAUAUAAGUUAUUAUAGUAGUGACUCAUAAAUUCAUUGA